GAUAGCUGCAUCCUGUAGAUAUCGUCCGAUAUUCGCAGAGCCAUGCAGAUCUUCGAUUAACAGCGCAAAGAAUGAGGCCCGCCUGUUGGUGCAGUAGCUUCAUCUGCAGACUUCGAAGCCUCGCCUUGCUCAGCCAGGAUGGGUGUCUCUGCGUUCCCAUAUUUUGCGGGCAACUGAACCUGACGUAUCGCUACCCUCCGGACGUGGCGCGGAUUCUGGUGGCGAACCGCUGGCCUCAUUGCCGGCGACACAUGAUUCGGGUCUGGAAUGCUGCAGUGCCCUGCUCGGGCGGAGAAGUUGAGGGCAUCCUGUUUCCAAAUGCAGUCAGCUGCACUAGUUUGUAGCCCGGCUGUGGCUCUUGUCAAGGCGGUUAGACAAAGGGAGACCCUCCCGCCUCAAUCAGGACUAGGAUCCUGAUUGCGAUAGGGGUCUCAUACACCCAGCGCGCACCGAGACAAGGCUGCAGUGCACGACAAGGCACGCCACGCCGUAACAGCUCUUAUCAGGACAGCUCGGAGGGAAUAUACAUCACCCACUAUCACUCGAUACCAAAACCGGUUCUAUUCUGGCUUUUCAAGCUUCGAAAGUGGCUGGAUGAGGUUUAUGCUGGCAGAGACCUCGGAGUACGAAAAGCCGUUUCGAAUCACUAGGAGACUUUUUCAAACAACAGUAACCUCGGACUGGAGCGAUGGCAGACCUCGAAGAAGCCGUCCGAGUAGGACGAGAAGCCGUCGACGCCACCCCGCUGGAUCAUCCGGACCGCGCUGGGUGGUUAAGCAACCUCGGAGUUUGUCUUAGCGACAGAUACUCUCGGACUGGGGCGAUGGCAGACCUCGAAGAAGCCAUCCGAGUAGGCAAAGAAGCUGUCGACGCCACCCCGCUGGAUCAUCCGGACCGCGCUGCACUGCUGAGCAACCUCGGAAAUCAUCUAGGCGACAGAUACUCUCGGACUGGGGCGAUGGCAAACCUCGAAGAAGCCAUCCGAGUAGGCAAAACAGCCGUCGAAACCACCCCGCUGGAUCAUCCGGUCCGCGCUGGGUGGUUAAACAACCUCGGAAAUUGUCUUAGCGACAAAUACUCUCGGACUGGGGCGAUGGCAGACCUCGAAGAAGCCAUCCGAGUAGGACGAGAAGCCGUCGACGCCACCCCGCUGGAUCAUCCGGAUCGCGCUGCACUGCUGAACAACCUCGGAGUUCGUUUAGGCGACAGGUACUUUCGGACUGGGGCGAUGGCAGACCUCGAGGAAGCCAAAAAAUUCUAUUCUGCCGCCCUCCGUCACCCUACAUCCGCUGUAAGCAUACGAAUCGCAGCUGGACGCCGUUUCCUAUCAUCUCCAGCCAUUCUUAAAGAUGAACAAGCAUACGCCAUCGCCAAAACGACAAUCGAUUUGAUUCCCCUAUUGACCCCUCGUUCUCUGCAAAACUCCGACAAGCGGCACCUUUUGUCCGCGGCCGUCGGACUAUCAUCGGACGCGGCAGCCAUUGCUCUUUAUGCCGGCAAAGGGCCUACUGCUGCUGUCGAACUGCUAGAAACCGGUCGUGGCGUCAUCGCCGGAGCCCUUUUUGAGCAAUCCGACCUUGGCGCUCUCGAACGCGCACACCCCGACUUGGCGCGCUCUUUCGUCGACCUUCGAGAUCAGCUGGAUACACCACCCCAGGGACACUCCCUUACUACAGCUGAGCACCGCACUGUGGCUGCUGAAACAGAAGGCGGUCGGCGCCGCGAGGCAGGUCCUCGGCUCGCCGGUCUGCUCGACACAAUCCGUUCCAAGCCGGGUUUUAAACGAUUCCUCCUUUCGGCGUCGGAAGCCGACAUACUGGACGCCGCGCGACAAGGCCCGAUCGUCGUCCUGAAUGUGAGCUCGUAUCGCUGCGAUGCUUUGGCCAUUGAGCAGUCCGGCAUCCGAUUGCUGGAGCUGCCACACGUCUCCCGAGACGCUAUUAACGAACACGCUCGGGAACUCAAAACUCUCGCUACGCUUGGGUGGCUUUGGGAUGCCAUCGUCUGUCCCGUUCUUGAGUCUCUAGGCUUUACUGGGCCUCCAUCGGACAGUCAGUGGCCGCACGUAUGGUGGGUUCCUACCGGUACAUUGACCCGGUUUCCACUCCAUGCAGCGGGAUACCAUCUGAGACGCACCGGCGAAACGGCGGUCGACAGGGUCGUUUCAUCGUACGCCUCCUCCGUGAAGGCGAUCAUAUACAGUCGGCGACGGCCACACCAAGCAGCAGCGGCCGAAGACUCUCGAAAGGCCGUCGUCGUUGUCAUGCAGAACACGCCAAAACAGCAACGACUCGAAUAUGCAAGCGACGAAGCUAAUGCGGUGGUAGCUGUUUGCAAGUCGAUGGGAUUGCCUUACGACCGUCCCCGACCGUGCAAAAUCGACGUCUUUUCGGCUUUGGAGACAUGUAGGAUAUUCCACUUUGCCGGGCACGGCAGCACGCAUCCUACGGAACCGCUGCAAAGCCAACUGCUCUUCGAUGAUUGGGAUUCGGAGCCAUUUACGGUGGGGAAUCUUUUGGAGACCAACCUUACGUCGAAGCCGCCAUUCCUCGCCUACCUUUCAGCGUGCGGGACUGGCCAAAUCCUGGAUGAAAGUUCUGUUGACGAGAGCAUCCAUCUGGCCAACGCCUGCCAGCUGGCGGGGUUCCGGCACGUGGUGGGCACGCUUUGGAGCGUGAAUGACAGGCUGUGUGUGGAUAUGGCCAGGACGGUAUACGAGUAUUUGCGAAAUAAGGGGAUGGGAGAUGAAGCCGUAAGCCGAGGGCUUCACCGGGCGAUGAGAAUGCUCCGAGACCAGUGGGUAGACGAGGAGGAACCAGGGGGUGAAAGGUCAUGGUUGUCGGAAGCGGCAAGGGACGCUGAAUCAUCGGGGGGAGACGAGGAAAAGGAGUUAUACCUCGGCAGGCUGGGAGUCGUCGUUUUAUUUGAUGUCUUUCAGGUGGUCGAGUACCUCCAGGCCCUACCCAUUGGAGGACAUGCGCCCUCCAGCUCCCUCCAAGGACUACGCCAGUGCAUUAAAGGUGACGGCAUCGACCACAAUAGCAUAACGUGGUUCACCACCGAGUGGAUCAAACCACCGAGUGGAUCACCCGUAAACACAUACAAAGAUCGUCCGUGCACGACCGUGCACUUCGGCCAAUUUAUAAUAGAUUUUCUUAAAAAUUUAUACAGUUAUAUUCAACAUUAUAACAAUUAUAAAAAUGAUUUUUCCGGAUUUUUAUUAAAAUUCCUUUUAGGUUAA